AUGCCGGACCCAGUAGACGGAACACCAUUAACGAAUGCAAAGUCGGAGGUACUGUUUUAUAGUCAAUUCAAUAAAGAAACGGACGAUUGUGCUGGCGAAAGUGCUGUCGAAAGUGCUGUCGAAAGUAUAAAGGGGUAUUUAGGAAGUUCUCUGAAUUAUGCGAAUAAAGGCAAUGAUAUCGAUAAAAUUGUAAAAGGAGUGUGUUAUGUGGACAAAAUCUAUAAGGGUACCAGCACGCAUCCGCACCAGAGUGAACUAUGUUCUUUCCUGUAUUAUUACAUUGGGGAUGUAUUAUCUAAAAAUCCGAAAUGUGAUAAUAUGUUUUCACUCAUUAUGAAUAUGAUAUGUUCAGCAUUAGAAAGUUCAUAUAAACUGAAGGGGUGUAAAAUUGAGUGCAGCACCAAACAUGAUAAGGACAUUUUCCUUAAGAGAAAAGCAAUAUUCGACUAUUAUCACGACUUUAGUGUUAUACAGGGUGAACUAUUACAAGAGAAUCACCAAUGUGCUGCUAAAUAUGGCAGUUAUUUAAGCGCUGUCGUUCCAAUAUAUGAAGAAGUAAGGCAGAAUUGUGAAAGGGCUUCCUCCAGUACUGAUCCAUAUUGUAUACAAUUCAACAUAUGGUUCAAUGGAGGUAAAAAUAAUACUAACAUUAAUCCAGAACAAUUAAAAUCAAAAUGUGAAUCAUCGCAGGAAGGCCUUGAACCCAGACCUGGAUCUGGACCUGGUACCACUUCCUCCAUUGGAAGUGGUAGUGGUGUCGUCCCCACUAUUGUGUCCACUGUACUACCGAUGAUGGGAUUACCAACAGUCGCUUUCUUUUUAUAUAAAGUAAAACUACCAUUAUAG